AUGGUCUCUGCUUAUGAUAAGCUUUAUUCACUAAUACAUUCUUUCUGUCUCUCUCUGUUGCUACCUCUUUCUGUCUCUCUCUCUCUGUUGCUACCUCUUUCUGUCUCUCUCUCUGUUGCUAACUCUUUCUGUCUCUCUCUCUGUUGCUACCUCUUUCUGUCUCUCUCUCUCUCUGUUGCUACCUCUUUCUGUCUCUCUCUCUCUGUUCUCUACCUCUUUCUGUCUCUCUCUCUCUGUUUCUCUCUCUUUAAACUUUUCUCUCUCUCUGUUGCUCUGGUUUUCUGUCUCUCUCUGUUCUGUUUCUAUUAUUUCUUUCUGUCUGUCUCUCUCUCUGUGCUACUUCUUUCUCUCUGUCUCUCUCUCUGUUCUCUCUUUUCUCUGUCUCUCUCUUGUUCUCCUCUUUUUCUCUCUCUCUCUGUUGCUACCUCUCUGUCUGUCUCUCUCUUUUCUACCUCUUUCUGUCUGUCUCUCUCUCUCUACCUCUUUCUGUCUGUCUCUCUCUCUGUUCUACCUCUUUUUGUCUGUCUCUCUCUGUUUCUUCUACCUCUUCUCUCUCUCUCUCUCUCUCUGUUUGUCUCUCUCUGUUCUCUCUUUUCUGUCUGUCUCUCUCUCCUCUACCUCUUUCUGUCUGUCUCUCUCUGUCUCUCUUUCUUCUCUUGUCUGUCUCUCUCUCUGUCUCUCUCUCUCUCCAUCUCUUCUCUCUUUCUCUCUCUUUCUCUCUGUCUCUCUCUCUCUGUUGCUAAUUCUGUCUGUCUCUCUCUCUCUGUUGCUAAUUCUUUCUGUCGGUCUCUCUCUGUUGCUAAUUCUUUCUGUCGGUCUCUCUCUGUUGCUAAUUCUUUCUGUCGGUCUCUCUCUGUUGCUAAUUCUUUCUGUCGGUCUCUCUCUCUUGCUAAUUCUUUCUGUCGGUCUCUCUCUGUUGCUAAUUCUUUCUGUUUUUUUCUCUCUCUGUUCUUCUCUUUCUUCUCUCUGUUGCUAAUUCUUUUCUUUCGGUCUCUCUCUGUUCUCAAAUUCUUUCUUUCCCCCUCUAUCUAUAAACAUUCUGUCCAUGCAGUUCCCCCUCUAUCUAUAAACAUUCUGUCCAUGCAGUUCCCCCUCUAUCUAUAA